ACACGGAUCCACAUCAUGCCCACGAUGAAUCCGGACGGCUUCGAGGCGUCUGGACGAGACUGCAUGUACUCAUCCGGCAGGUUUAAUAAGAACGGCGUGGACCUGAACCGGAACUUCCCCGAUGCGUUCUUUACAGACGAUGUACUGGUGAGGGAGAGGGAGGUGACCGCCAUGAUGGACUGGUUUAAAACCGAACCCUUCAUCCUCUCGGCUAACCUGCACGGGGGGGCGGUGGUGGCCAGUUACCCCUACGAUAACAGCAACAGUGGCAGUGAGCUGCAGCGGGACUCCAGUCUCACAACUGAUAACGACGUCUUCGUCCACCUCGCCAAGACCUACUCGUACAACCACAGCAGCAUGCACACCAACAACACCUGCUACGGUUCCAAAGAGUUCAGCGAUGGCAUCACCAACGGGUACAGCUGGUACCCACUGGAAGGUGGGAUGCAGGAUUAUAACUACGUGUGGGCGCAGUGUUUGGAGAUCACGCUCGAACUGUCCUGCUGUAAAUUUCCUCCAGAAGAAGAUCUGCCGGCUCUGUGGGAGGCCAACAGACGGGCGCUGCUGGCCUACAUGCAGCAGGUCCAUCUAGGUGUUAAAGGUCAAGUGUUUGUCUCGAAUGGAACUCCGGCUCAGAGCGCUGUGGUGGAGGUGAAGGGGAGGAAGAACCUCUGUUCGUUCAUGACCAAUCAGAACGGAGAAUAUUACAGACUCCUGCUGCCAGGACUCCACACCAUCACGGUGACGUACCCGGGACACGAGACCCUCACAGAGACCAUCACGGUACCGUACGGUCCGGACUCCUUCAGCGCUCUGACGCACAACUUUCAGCUUCAGAAAAGUACCAACAGUACAGUGCAGUACAGAACAGAAUCCACGUGUCCAUCACCCGACUACAGAUACACAGAGAACCAGAGCGCCGCCCUGCUGGCCGACACCGUCGCCGCACUUACCGUCCUGACGCUUCACAAACUGCUGCUGAUGCUGCUGGAGAACUGAUGGAAAUAAAACACGAACAUUUUA